GCAGGUAGAGCAGGUUACACGUACAGUAAACACGGUCACACUGCGGGACGGUGCCCGAGGAGUCGACGCGUGCACGGCUGGAGACAUACCUGGAAUGAGCAAAAAGUGACCCUCAUUGAUCCAGACUUUAUUUAUACUCUCUGCCAUGAUGAAGCUCGCGGUGGCGCUGACCGGCCUGAGCGUGAUCGUAAUGGUUGUAAUGAUUUUCCAAACCGUAACUCAGGAGCUGAACCUGCGCACACUGAAAUCCCGCAUGUUGGCGAACUCGGCGGAGGUGAAGAGGAGAGAGGACUCCAUCGUGGACAUGAAGAAGAAAAUCCAGGAGAUGAAGACGACGCUGGUGACGGUCAACGCCAACAUAGACGAGCUGAAGAAGAAGAAGGCGGACAGUGAGAAGUCAACGCAGGAGUUCGACACAAAUCUGCAGACCUGUCACAAGGAGAAGGAAGAUGCAGAGACGAAGAAGACGGAAAAGGUAGAGGCCAUGGCUAAACUCAAAGCUGAUCACGAGGAGGCCAAAAAGAAGGCCGAGGUGGACAUUCAGAACUUGAAACAACAGAUUUUGGAUAGAGACAAAGCUAUUUGUGCCUUUGCAGACACAACCAAGGAGGAAGCAAGGAAGUUGUGUGGAAUCGCUGAAGCUCCGCAAUAAAGUUAACCCAGAAACACUCAUUGACUGUGAACUGUUCAGUAAAGAACCUCGCCAUGCAAACCAGGAUAGAUUUAGUAAUGUCACUGAUGUGAGUACAGCUCUGUUUGUUUCCUGUGAGAGAAUAAACUGUUUAUUUAAAGAAAAAAAAAAGCUGGCAUUUAUUCAUUGGACAAAUGACACAAAGAUCGGGAGUGGGAACUUAUGUUGCAUAGUUUUAUAUCAUUUUGUAAUGUUAUUGUGUUGGUUGGGUCGAUCUUCGUAUGCCUUUUGUAUCUAUAAAACACUUUGAGAUAUACUUGUAAUUAUUACAGCCUUUGCAAGUAAAUGUCACCUUCCCCUGAUUGAAACAUUGUGUAGCACCAAAGAACUGCGUUUGUGUUGCCCUGCCCUCUGAUGAAACCAGUGACUACCAGCAACCACAAUAUUAUGUGGCAUCUGUUUGAUCUCUGAGGUCGUGCGUGUGUGUCUGUGCAUGUGUGUGUGUGUUAACAAAUAUCCUGCGUCAAGUUGAACAAUAUGCUUAUGCUUCAUGGAAAUGCAAAUGAAACGUGCAUGGGAAAAUGUUAUCUCAUUAAAACAGUGCAAGCCACAGUGAUCCAAAACUGACCCACGGUAUCCGGUGUUUGAAAUAUUGCCUGACCAAUGAGCUUUGUGGUGCUUUGUGCUGAGUUAGAGAGCUCUUUGUACUCAUGGGAAAAUAAAUGUUAUUUGCACACAUUUAUGACACAGGAUGACAGUUCACUGGCAUGUUCCUCUACCUCCCCCUGGUGUCGAACCAAAGACUACACCAACUUUCAGUCAUGACACACAUCAACCACAUAUGCAUAGUCUGGCUCCUAUUCUGUUCCUCUUCAGCUUAAUUUAUAAAUUCUACGUUUCAGUCUUGGUGCAGCCAGUCUGUCUGGUUUGAGUCCAAGCCCUAUUUGUUGGCCACCAUCUGAAAUAGCUGCCAUUUCUGAUAAACAAUACAUCUUUAAUCGGUAAUUAGCAGUUUCACAGCUGUUUAAAAGGCCAAUGCGCUUAAGUUAGCCAGGAAACAACAUGUGGCUGUGUCCUCCACAGUCAUAUUUAGCUUAAGGUGUCGCUGAGUGAAACGGUUACUUCAUGAAAUUUGAGAGAUGUGGUCACUGAAUGCAUUUUGCUGUUGUUCUGACUGUGUAAAGGGAACUCUGAAGGACUGUGUGUAACCAGAUGAGAAACAAAGUGAUAAUAAAGAAGAUUAUUGCCAU